CUCCCGGUUUCCAGGCAACGCAUGCCAACAAACCCUAUUGUUAAACUCUUACCGGAGAAUACCCUCUGAUGACCGACCUGCGAGGACAAAGGGCUCGCCUACUGUGACGCUGGGGGUGAUGUUGUGAAGGGCAUCACUUUAGCUCGGGGAAAAACUCGUCACUCUCUGUGCCUUUGCAGGCUUGGUGACUGUAUUUCAAGGGGAGACUGUAAAGUUUCAUAAAACCAUACGAGGGGGGAUUUUCUCCUACUUUUUUUUUGUAAAAAGCGCUGUUUAAAGUCGGCUUUCUAUAACAGUUUUAACUGCAGGUUUAAGAUACCAGUGAACAAACCCAAAAAGUUAAGGAGAGAAAGGAAACCCUGCCACGCAAGUGUUUAUUCAUGCUUUUCAAAGGACGCCAGAUCGUGACAAACUCCCCAGAGCUCUGACGAAGGAUUAGAAGCAGAAAUCUGUCGACAAAACCAAAGAAAGAUUUUUGACACUUGGAAGAAAAUAACCUGCCUGUCUCCUCUGCAAAUGGUACCACAUCUUAGACCUCGAGCUCCCCCUUCCUCGGUAAAAAGAUGCAAACCGAUAAACUUCCACCCCUGAGGCCCGGUGGACGGAACCCAGCUCUGCACCCGUCCAAGUUACAGCUGCUGCAGAGCAACUUCCAGCAGAAACUUGGGGAGGAGAAGGAGAAGAAGCUGAUCGCUCUGUACCGGCAGCAACAGCAGGCCGUGCUGCAGAAAGCCAGGAUUGGUUCCCAGCACGACCAGCAGUCUGCAUUGCAAACCAUGGCGAACAACAGGGGUGGAACUGGCCUGCACAGGGAACAUAGAUCUGCUGGGAAUCUGCCCAGAAAUGGCCAUCUCCAUCACGUUGCCCCUGGAAAGAAGACAGCUGGGGUGGAUAGGUCCUGCCCACUGAAGCCUGUGUACCACAGGAAAGCCUUCAGUCUCAAUCACAUCUUCAGUCCAGGUGAUGUUGAGGCUGUGAAGCCUAUAGGAGCACCGAGGAAUAUCCCAGUGGCUCCUUCUCUGCCUGCAGAUCACCCAGAAGGGAGUCAUUUGCAAGUGGACAGGAGACACCCUAGAGCACGAAUCCCCAGGGAUAAGACAUCCCCUCUAGAUGUGGCCCACACCCCAGAUGAAAACUCCUCCAGGGUGAAUUUAAGUGGUCUCCACUGGCUGCAAGGGGAACAACGAAGACUAGCAGAGGUAGAGGCCAACCUGGCGGAAGAGAUAAGGAGGAAGGAGCUCCUGCUCAGGGCAAAACUGAAAAGGACCGAGGAAGAGCUGAGGAGGAUUCAGAUAGAGAUGGAAGAUUCUGACGAAGAGGAGGAGUGGGAGGAGAGAGGAAAAAUGGCCCAGCAAAGGAGAGCUCAGGAGAGACAGCACGAUGGUGCUCCAAAAGGGCACCUGGGCAGUGCCAGUGGCAGGGGUGUGCCUGCAGAGCCCUAUAGUUCCUCAAGACACUCAGUUCAGGACAAGCAACCGGUCGAUGCAAGAAGAAAAACUCAAGUCCUGCCUCUUAUUGAAAAUAACACAGAGCUUCACACUCAAUCUCUGCUCAAUCACUCAAGUUCUGCUCCAUCACACUUCAAGAAACAUGAAAAGGCCUCUAACGCCGGCCAGUCACAGGAUGUGCCCUACAGAUAUGAAACACACGUCAGGAAUCAAGGGAAGCAUGCCGAACCAAUUCCUCUGGACAGCCGCAUUCCACAAGCAAGCUAUGAAAUGAGCAAUGGAAAUUGUGCUGAAGAAAGGCUGCCUCAGGGGAGCGGAGACUUAUCACCAAGACGUUUUCCACUCUCUGUCGAAGAAGCACCCCAGGCGGAGCAGAGACCGACGUACAAUCAGGAAGGGAACUCGCAGCUGUUGCCCUGCACGCUCUGCAACAGGACAUUUGCAGCAGAAAGAUUGGAGAAACACCGUAGAGUCUGUGAGAAAAUGCAGAAUUCCCGCCGGAAGGUGUUUGACUCUUCCAAGCACAGAGCCAAGGGAACCGACCUGGAGCAAUACAUCAACUUAAAGAAGAAAAGUACAACGCCAGAGCCGAAGAGGAGCACCUGGCGGCAGAAGCACGAGGCCUUCGUCCGGAACGUCAGGCAGGCCAGCGAGGUGCAGGAGGACCUGCCCCCGCCCCCCCCCACUGGCGACAACCCCGACUACGUGCCCUGCCCCCACUGCGGCCGGCGCUUCGCCCCCCGCCCCGCGGAGAGGCACAUCCCCCUGUGUCAGAACCUCAGGAGCCGCCCCCCUCCUCCUCCUCCCCGGCGGAGGCCGCGAUGAAGAGCCCGGACCCGCUGGGGAGACCAGCCUGCUCCCAGACCUUUACACCACAGUUACUUAAGCUACAAAAAGCAAAAAACAAAAACUGCCUUUCUAUUAAAGUAUUGCCUUUGAGCUGGCAUUUUGAUAAUCCUGA